CAUUGCAGUAUGGUAAUUCAGAAUCUCUAUAAUGAACACAAGUAUCUUCUAAGUAUGAACAUUAGUCAGUGCUAUGAGCCAGACAACUGUGAUGUUCAUCAUGUACUGUUCAAAAACUCAUUGAUACCAAAAGCUGUCUGUGACUGGUCGAGGGAUUUUCAGAUUAAAGGGUUUUCACUAUAUGUUUGGAAGUUGGAAAAAGGCGUGAACAUGAGCAUAAAUGAAAUAGAAGAUCCUUACAUACCACAGCUUAUGGAAGAACUUGGUAUUGCAUCAUACUCCAGAAAGCCAAUGUGUACCAUUACACCUGACAAUUCAUCAGGAAGAAUCCAAGGAUGGAAGACAGGCUGUGCCAUGAAUGUCAGCUUACCCACUCUGGACCCUAGUGUAAAUUGUGACCUGCUGCUCACUUGUACUGGAGUGAGAUGUUGUGUGCAUGCUUCACUUCUGAAGAGGAACUAUGAAAUCUCCUUCAACAUUGACCACUGUACCAGUAGCCUCAGCAUACAGAUAGAACAAGUCUUCCACAACCAAACUCUUGAUGGAUUUCUUUGGGGUAAUGCAUAUGAAUUCAAGCUUCUAGGAGUUUACAGAAUCAGGUAUAUUGUGUAUGACCUGCCAGAGGAAGAUGUCUACCUACUUUCCCUGGAUGUGAUGGACUGUUACGAGUCUAUUAAUCCUCAGUGCAGUACAACGGCAACAUUUACUGUGUUCAACAAGGUCGCAAUUCCUAAAGCUCAGUGUUCCUGGGAUCGAAGUUACAGAAUUCAGAACUUUUCUCUCCAAUCAUGGCUAUUUGAGAAUAAACUAGAAAAUGCUACAGACCUGAUUGACAAUGAAUACAAACUUGCUAAACUCCUGGAUGAGCUUGCAUUGUCACAGUACCUUGAAACGAUAUGUCGGUUAACAAGCCCGACUUCAAGUUUUGGAUGGACCUCUUCAUGUACCAAAUCUGUAUCCAGACCCAGCAUUCCUGAAGGUCUUUGUCAUUUGUUGGAGGAUUGUACUUCUGUAGAGUGCUGUUUUAAUGUGGACUUUUUACGUCACAACUUCAGAGUUUUCCUAACCAUUGAUCCAUGUAAUGCAAACCUGCAUAUUGGAGUAGAGAAACUGAAGAGGGAAAUUUCACUUGUUGAUUAUCCAUUUGGGAAACUUGAGCAUCUUUGGCUAGGAGGGGUUGUCAGAUUAGAUUUUAUGUUGGAGGACCUAUAUGGAGAGCGUCUAUACCUUGUGAACAUGAAUGUUAGCUUCUGCUUUGAAUCAGCUGGGGAAUGCUACAAAAGCAUUGCAGUGUUUAAAGAAACCCUUCUACCCAAACAGAUCUGUCCAUGGAAUCAGACUUCAGGUUUCUCACUGAGUGCAUGGAGGAGACAGCACAGUGUGCCAUUUGGAAUUCCUCUGAAUACCUGGACAAAAGCUCUACUGCUUGAGCAUUUAGACAUUGCACAAUACAGAGAGUCCAAUGAAUGCAUAAGGGGAAAAGGAUAUUAUACUUGCACAAACUAUGGCGGUGUAGGCACAGGAUUUAAUCUAAAUGCUUCAAGAAUUCCUCAAUUGUGUCAGUUGGCUGUAGAUCUAGAAAACAAUCCAAUGACAAUAGAUUCAGCCAGACGAGUCACCUGUUAUGUACCCAGCCUGUGUACUGCUGUAGACUGUUGUGUAGAUGUCCCUUCACUGGACAUGUCAUUCCAUACCUACAUCUCCAUUGAUCCUUGUCAGUACAUGCUCAAGAUUGGAAUAGAAAAGUACAGCUUUCAAAGGUCACUUGAUCAGCUGAGAUUUGAAUAUCAUGUGAUCAUUGUAGGUCAAGAGGAAGUAUUUACUUUGAGUGGAAUUGUAAAGAUGGUCUACAAAAUAGAGGACUUGCCAGCAGAGAAGUUGUAUGUGAUGUCAGUGAAGCUGAGUGUUUGUACAGAGACCUCAGGAUGUGAAGCCAAUCAUACAAUAUUUAACAACAUGCUGCUCCCUAAACAACCAUGUCAAUGGAAUGAAGGAUUUAUCAACUUGAAUUUCUCUGGCUCUGCCUGGAUGACUAACAAUGGCUACACCACUCCCCUCUCUGAGUCCCAGUCUGCUGAACUUAUGAAGGAGGUGAGGGCUGCUAGGUAUUUACUACCUGACUCGUGUAACCUGGAAUCAUCAGUUAAUGGAUGGAAUAACUACUGUCCUAAAGAAAUGUCGUUAACCAAUUUGACUGGGAGUUCAAUAAGUUGUCACAUUCCCUACCUCUGUAAUGAGAUACAGUGUUGUGUGAGGGCUGAGAACAUCAGAAGGAGUUUCCAGGUUGUAGUCAGUCUUGAUCCCUGCUCCCAGAUCAUGCUCAUCAAACUAGAGAGGCUGACCAUCAAAGUUGACCUAUUGGAAUUCAAGUUUGGGACAAAACAUCACUACAAUUUAGUUGGCCUGCUCAGAGCCGAUUUGAAACUGUAUGAUUUGCAAUACCAGAGGAAGUAUAUGAUAGAUCUUGAAAUAAGAGUGUGUUUUGAAAGUAAUGGAACCUGUGAUUUCAUUUCAACUGCACUGAACAAUACCCUACUGCCAAAAACUAAAUGUGACUGGUCAUCUGGACUUGAAGGAUUUUCACUGGAAAGCUGGCUUCUUACAAAGGGUGAAAGCAUUGGAAGUGUCUCAUUACCUGAACAUGUACAGUACAUGCUGCUGGAGGAGAGAGGUAUAGCUAACAUGAUGAAGGAUACACCCUGUAGUAGAACAGGUGACACCAUGUAUAACUCAUCCACUCCAGUCAAUGGAUGGCGCACAGACUGUACUUCAUCAACAUCAAACCUCACAGAGUUACCUUCAGAAAUCACUUGUUAUUAUCAUGGUUCCUGUACUGCAGUCAGCUGUUGUAUGGACAUAGUGAAGUUUGACAACAGAUCUAUAGAAGUGUCCAUCAUCUUUGAUGAAUGUGCCAACUUCCUGACCCUGACUAUAGAAAGGAUAUCUCAGACAGUUUAUUUGCAUGAGUUUUCCUAUGGCACAGAACAGAAAAUGACAUUAAAAGGCAUCUUUGAACUCAAAUACACAAUAACACAGAAUGUGUUAUUCCAGAAGUAUGAGUUUAUGGUUGACAUAUUUGCAUGCUAUGAACCAUUAUAUUGUGACCAAGUCAUAACCAUUCUUAACCAGACAUCAUUUGACAUGAAAAAUUGCACGUAUCAGGAGGGAUUUCUGAAUUCCAGCUUUUCCCUCAGUGCUUGGCUGGCCUCUCGUGCUAUACCCCAUGUAGAGGACAUGACUGUACCCCAGGCCAGUGAUCUCCUGACAGAACUAGGACUGGACCACUUCCUGGAUUCUACAGACAGGUGCUCUCUAUCUGACACAGUGUAUGGAGCAGCAGCAGAAAAUGGAUGGAAUAAUGAAUGUGAAAAGUUUCCAAACUACACAUUACCAACUAUCCCAAAUAAAAAUGAAGUCCUAUGUCAUAUCCUUUCAACAUGUGAUAGAGUGUCUUGCUGCGUCUACAUAGCCCCUGUUCAAAGACACGUGGAGAUGAAGUUGAUACUGAACACAUGCAGCUAUCAACUGGAGGCAAUGCUUGAUAAUGUCAAAAUCACUCGUAAUAUGUUCAAAUACACUUGGGAUACCAUGGAAAAGAUUGGAAUUCAUGGGGUUGUAAGUUUUGAGUUUCAUGUUACAAAUGUGGUGAGUGAGAGAAAAAUGAGAAUUGAUGGGAAUAUCAAAUUGUGUUUUGAACAAAACAACUGUACUGAAGUACUGAUCUUCCAUGACCUGCCCAUCAGUCAUAGUGUCUGUAAUGUUAGCAGUGGUGAGACAGCAAUUGAAGGUAUCAGCUUUGACUUUUGGAGACAAACAGAAUGUGAAGCUAAUCUCUUUGAUCCAGCAGCAUGUAAUGAAACACAGAUAGAGGGUAUUCCGUUAGCGAUGCAGAAAUACUGCAAAUAUCUAUCUGACUGCAGUGGAUUAGAAUGCUGCUUUGAGAAUGAAUUUAGUCUUGGUAACAGAAGUCUCUAUUUUAUGGUAAGGCUGGACUGUGACCACUUGGUAUUCCAAAUAGAGAACAAAAAAGUGCAGAAAUCAUUGAAAGCCCUUUCUAAUGAUGUGGAAUACAGAGAACCUAUUGGAAAUCCAACUGCAUUUCAAUUUAACUACACGGUACUAAAUCAUAGUACAAAUUACCGGUAUGGUGUUGGAGUUGUUUUAUUAGUAAGAGAAUCCAAACCAACAUCUGCAGGAAUUAUCAUUUAUAAUGUCAUGCUUUCAAACACUACCCGAGUAAUGCCACAGGGAUGUGGUACUAGCAGAAGAAGAAGGAAGAGGCGAUCUGUUGAUAUUUCACAAUUAGACACAGAAAAAUUAACAGAUGGAAUUAGGGCUCUCCUUGAAAGUGAUGCACCUAACAACAAGUUUGAGGAAUUUUGGCAAAGAAUAAUUGAGAAAAAUAAACUUGAAAAGGCACAGAAUUUGGCUGCUACACUUCUUUCCAGUGAUGACGUAACAACAGGUAUAAAGUCUCAGAUUCAGGCUCUAGGGUCUGGUAACCCAUUCACCAUCAAAACAACAGAAGACAAUGCUCCAUCUGUUACUGUGCAGGGAGGUGCUGCCAUUGCUGAUGUUUUGGUGACUCUCAACUCAAUACCUGGUAGAAGUCACCAGUCAUAUAUUGUUGGCAGUGGAGUAACACAGUAUGGAGCUAAAUUACUCGGGAACAAACUGGCUUGCAUGACUAUAGGAGACUUGGAGUCUCUAUUAAGUCUGAAAAACAUAGAUCCUGUAAAGGUUGCAUUGCUUCUAAAAGACAUGCAGGAUUUGUCAAAAGCUUUGUACUCUGAGUUUAUCAGCAAGUUGUUCACUGAUGGAGCCAGAAUAUUUAAAAAUUUUGAAGUGUAUCUAAAGGAAGAUUUCAGCUUCCCUAGACAACAUGGAUCUUUUUUCUCUUUUUCAAAGACAUUUCUUGUUGGAGGAUUUAUUACCGUAAAUUUUGGGUUUGGAGUGGACUACUAUUUUGGUGUAAAGUUUUCAGUUGAUGCAAAGCUCCUGGAAAUGAAAGGAGCAGUGACGACUGAGCCUUAUGGGGGGUUGAUGGUCUGGGGAGAACUAGGGUUUGGGUUUUUACUGUAUGCCAAACUACGGCUUGAAGGUCACAUAAUGGACACUGGAUUUCCAAUUAUUGCAGAAGUUGAUUUCCUUAAAUUUCCAAUUGAUGUUACUCUUACCAUGUAUUUGAGACUUACCCCACUUAAACUACGACUGUAUGCACUAGUUACUUUGGAAGUAGACUUGUGGGUUUAUACAUUAAGAAUGACUUUAUUCAAAGCUAAACUUUGGCAAUAUGAAACUCCAUCAAUCAGGCUGAAACUCAUUGACAACAAAAAAGAUGAGAAGGACAACACACCACCCAAACUUUUAAGUUUUGGAGGAAAAACUCCCGCAGGAUCCUGUGGAGUUGAACAGGUAGCAGGUAGAGAUCACACAGCACCAGAGUUUACCAUCAAUGUUAUGGCUGAGGAUGACAGAAGUAAUGUUAAUCUACACUUAGACAUAGGAACAGUACCAGGGGGCUCUAAUGUUAUGUCCAGGAAACAACUUGGAGGCUUUUCCACUGCAUUGAAUGAUGUUUUAAGACCAGCUGGAGUUCCUUUAUACUUCACUAUCCAUGUGUCCAAUGAGGCAGGAGUGAGUGUCCCAGCCUCCUGUAAACUAAACACGUAUGACAUGACAAUACCGGGAGGAAGGAUGGCAGAGGCCUUUACCUCAACCAGUAAUCCCAAUGUUCUGAAGGCAGUAGUCACAGUGUAUGAAGACUCGCCCCUCACAGAGACCAAAGUAGCUGUGGGGUAUGGCAGGAGCAUUUGGGGAGAACAAAUCAUCAGAUGGACAACUGUUUCAUUAGCUGACAAUGCUGUUAAUUAUGAUGUGGGACAUGAUCCUUUGAAUCAGAAAGUGAUUAAAUUGUUUUCAUCUGGAAAGACUGGGAGACUUGUAGGAAGGGGCAUCAAAGCAGCAGAGGACUUCGAGAUAACAACUAAAGAGGAAUGUGCAAAAAAGUGUAAUGCAAUGCAUGUCACAAAGUGCCUAAGUUUUAAUUACGAUUAUGGAUCAUCUGGACAUUGUGAACUUCUGGAAGCCAUAGAAGGACAUGACCACAAAAUUUCACGAGAUGGUCAUUACAUGCACUUCGAGAAGCUUGGAGUAGGUUCCAACAGAGGAUUUGUGUAUGAAAAUGUACAGUUACCACACAACCAAAUCAUCUACUUCAACUUUCAUGCUGUGAACAGUCUUGGAUUUGAGAACAUACUGUCAUCCAAACCCAUUAUAACAGAUUAUACACCUCCAGAUCCAACUUCUUGGCAAAUAAACAUCACAAGUGACAAAUCUGAAACUAUAAAGUGUGAGGAUGUGAUUCCUGAUGAUAGAGAUGACUGGGAAGAGAGAUUCUGUGAAGGAGUGAAUCCAAAGACAAAGAAUCACCGAAUCAUCAUAGACGGAGAGGGUUCAGAGACUGUUUAUAAUGGCCAUACUUAUAAGAAUGACCUGAAGUAUACCAGGGCUAAUAGAUAUAUAUCUGCCAACUGGGACGGUAUCUAUGACAAUGAGACAGGAAUUCUGGGAUACUCUGUGACAGCUGGGGAGUCAAUCUGUGAGGAGAAAAUAAAGCAGCAUCACGAUCCUCAUGCUCACCUGUUUGACCGGUCACAGUGGACACACAGUGUUAUGAUGUCCCCACUGGAAGAACCAUACACUGUUUUACCAG